AUGGCUGCACCUCCAAUAGGCAGCAGCACUGAGCUCCUCCAAGAGGCACAGUCAUUCGUUUCACAUAUGGGCAUCCAUCAGGAGCUUUGCAGGGAACUAGUGUCCUAUGCGAUGAAGAGAGACGCACAGUUUUGUAGACUGCCAGAAUGGAUUGAGACCAUGCGCGACCUGCGAAACUCGACCUAUGAAUGGUCAGAACUCAGCGAUAUCGGAAGCUUUCUCAAAUGUGACAUGAUCUCGGGAAAGAUUGCAUCGAUACGUGCCGUCGUCUCAAAUUUUUAUGGGACCCCUUUCGACUCCAGAAAGUCGAUGAGCAAGACACUUUCCGACGCAAAUGCGCUGAUUCCUACCUUGCUCUCCAUCUACCGUGGCCCAGACGCGCUUCAAGUGUUUGAUUCUCUACCGAGCGCACAUCGCGACACUGCAGUCUCGUUACUCAAGCGUAUUCUCAGUGCAAUCUCUUCCGAAGCCUCUCCCUUUCGCGACAUGGUGGCCUCUACAAUUCUCCAACUCCAACGCAAAGAGGUGGAUGCGGCGCUGGAUGUCCCAGAUUUGACUCCCCAGAUCACCAUUGUCGACUCGACACCGCUACAGACGGACAAGUUUAGCAUGGUAAUCGUUGGGCGACGUCUAAACCACGGUGCCGUGAUGCUCAAAGUGCUCAAGUCGAUCAAAGUCACCGACAGCAAAACCCAUCGAGCCCUUCAACGAGAUUUCAAGCUGCGCCUUUCCCUCGCCCAUCCUCAUCUCCUCCCUUUUCUGGGAAUCUGCUCGACUGAAUUCGGACUCGCAAUGGUUUCCCCAUAUACAACGCAUGGGAAUGCAUCGCAGUAUCUCUCCUCGCGACCAGAUGCAAACGCGAUUGCCAUCCUCGCGGGCGCUGCUCAAGGCCUUAAUUACUUGCAUUCCUAUUGGCCAGCGCUUACCCACGGCGACGUUCGGGGGAUCAAUAUUCUCGUUUCUGCUAAAGGGGACUCGCUUCUUGCCGAUCAUGGGCUGUACAGACUGUUGAGCACGGCAAAGGGCGACUAUCACGCUGUUCGAUGGGCCGCUCCCGAGAUAUUCUGCACCGAGGAGGAGCUUCAGAAUAAUAUCUCGUCUCCACAAGAGGAAAUGACGCACUGGUGGAGGGAUUCUACCACGGAUCCGUCUAUCCCUGACGGGUUGCUCGAGGUAGUCACCCCGAUGAGCGACAUAUGGAGCUUUGGGAUGACCAUGUACGAGCUUCUCACAGGGCGACUUCCGUAUCAUCAGCAUGCACGGGACGAGACGGUAGUCCUCGCACUUCGACGGAAUGAACGGCCCAUCCCGCCAACUUCGAGCAAGGAUGUUCGAACAGAGUGGCAACCAGAGCUCUGGAGCCUCAUGCAAGAAUGCUGGCGCACCGAUCGUCGCAAGAGACCACAGAUGGAGCACGUCAAGAAGCAGCUAGAGAUUAUACUCUCAAAGAGUUUCGUCACUCUCGGUUGUCUCCAACGCACACGAGGUGCUACCGUCUCGCACGGUCCAAAACCGAUACCCUCCUCCCAAUCGACAAGCAAUCAAAAGGGGCUGUCCCAUCAGUCGUCUGCGCCGAAUAUUCGGGCACUCAGCCAUCAGACCUCUGCGCCAAACAUACGUGCAUUGUCACCUGCCGCACCUAGUAUUGCGUCGGUACCGAGCAUCGCUUCGGCUCAGGCACGUCUACAAAGCACAAGAAGCCCUAUUCGGAGUCCAACGCAAUUGACGAGAAUCAAUACACUAUCCAGCCCGAUAUCGUCCCUGCAAUCCCCCACGGAAUCUGCUGCGGGACCUAUACCGUCCACGCUCAAAGUCAGCUCUCCAAAGGGCCUUCGUAGAAGGGUGUCUGCCAUUUUCUCUGGUGUACGUCACUCGACGAGCUUGAGGGAAAGAAGACCGUCGGAGAUCCGAACGCCCGUGGAACCCUUUAUGCCGUCGGUGAUCGAGGUCAAGACGCCGCCGUCAGUUCCACCUUUACCGACUGAAGAGAUACCCAAAUCUCCAAUUGCGCGCCCAUCAUUGCCUACUUCGCCGGAACCGGAUAUCUUUGUCCCAGAAAUUGAACACAUGUCGCUGACGGAACGGCGGGCGUACGAGCAUAGACACGGCUUGCAGCGUGGUACGCUUCAGACGGGUAGUGGAUCCACUACGCCUUCUGGAUAUCGUUCACCUGCUGCUGGCUCCGUGACGAGUCUUGGCCUCCACAGGGCUCGGUCGCCUACUUCCCCCAUCUCGGCUCAAUCUCUACGAACAUCAAGUUCGCUGAAUCAGCUCAGACUUUCACCUACCGAUGCGCGACAGGCUACUGCCAGUCCUACACUCUCGGCGGGUCACACUAUUCAGCCCAUCAGUCGCCAUACACAACGUCCAACGCCUCGCAUUCGAACAUCUGGUCCAUAUUCCGUCGGGAGCCAAACCUCUCCGUCCACCUUUUCCCCCUCUAGCGCGCAAACGUCUAAUACCGACCAUGCGUUUAACAUCAUCGUGGAAGACGUCGACGAGACGUUUACGCAAGAUGGUAUCAACGGAAGAAAGUCGAUGACGGAUCAAGGAGAUUUUCCGAGUAACAUGUCCUCGGAGAGUAGCUCUCAUUCGGCGAGUGAUCUCAUGCAUGAGGCAUUUCAUCAAAUUAGCAUCAGUCCCGCAGCGGAUGGGAAGUUUGAGCUACCAGAGGACGUUUCGUCGCCUAAAUCCGACCCCUCUGCGUCAUUGGUGUCUCUCACCGCAAUGUCGCGCACAAGGCAACUAUCCCCAGCGGAUUACGCGCAUGGGAGCAAAAUGAUUAUUGGAUUCUAUCGCUCAGAAGAAUCUUUCCUCGCUGCCUCGCUCGAGCUGGAGCUAGAGUCGAGUUUAUGUGGGCGAGGGGAGCAGUUGACAAAGGCCACCGAAGCGACGAUUCGCACACUUUUGGAGCUCAAGGAGGCGCAUCGUGCGCUGAUGAGGAUGUUUGGUCCCUAUACCACCGUUGAGGAUCUCAAUGGAUUUCGCCAGAUAUUCGACAUGUUCGAGAAGCGGAUAGGGUCGUUUUAUGUCUCUUACCAAGAGUAUGUCCGCACGCUUGGAGCACUCGAGGAAGCAGUGGCGGAUUCGCAGUAUUCUGGGUCAUCGUUCUUCAUGGCACCAUCGAUGCGCGAAACAAUCUCUACGCUUCUAAAGCAUCCAUUUCGACAGCUGGACGAAUCAUUUCAACUUCUCAAGGGGUUGCACUCGUUUCUCAAACCUCUCCUACCUAGUGGUGAAACCCACUCGUGGGCGCAGACGGCAACCAACUGGGAAGUUCUUGCAGUCCGGACGCGGUUGUGGACAUGGCAGACGACGCCAUGCUCGAAUCCGCUCGUGUCCUUUAAAGCCCAAGAGUUGCUCAUGGAUAGCGUCCACGACGACAAGGACGGUGAAGCUAGGCAUCUUGCGCGUCUGGGGAUCAUUGAUACCGAAACAUGUCUCGUUCGGUUGAUGGUCCAGGGGCAAAAGGUGCUUCGACGGCAUUCCUGGGAUGAUGAAUCCACAUCGAACGCCCUCAUGGAAACGGUGGCCAAAAUAGCAAAACUUCACCAAAGCCUGCUAGACGAGUUGCAUACACACCAACGCGAGAAUCACCCACGACUUCCGCCAGUUACGUCGUAUUAUCUUCGCGCGAUGCCGCAAUGGGGAGACACCUACACUGUUUACAGCCGCCUUGUCGACUUUGCACUCCAGAACCUCGACCUCACAAAGGCAAUUCGCGAGCUGUUAGUCGGACCGCUUGUGCACAUCAAGGAAAUUACAAAACUCUUCAAACACUUGUUCGACUUGACUCCAGACCAUCACUUUGACAUCGAGCUCAUCACUCGUUUGUUGCCGCUUCUCGAUGACCUAGUGGUAAUCGCAACCAAAGUCGUGCCCGACGAGGAACCAUUGGACAAGGAAAUAGUGGCUUUGAAAAAACUGCUGCUAUGGAAGGAUAAAGCCCAAGAGCUUCAAGCUGGGCUGGAUAGUUCGGGUUGCACCAUCAUGUAUAGUGGCAACUUACACUACCCGGUUGAUCCGAACGGUACCAGGAAGAGUAUUGAUGACAGGAGCACAACAGUGGAGGUUUUCGUUGCCUUGACCAACCGAUGUCUCAUUGUGGCUGAAGCGCGCUCGCGGAUGGGUAUCAAACGAUAUCCUGUUCGCGUAGCCAUCGCUCUGCAUGACUUGGUUGUGCCGGACAUUGAGAUGGCUCGAGUUUCCCAGCAACAGAUAUUCCUUCUGGACUCUGUCGACGGCAAGAAGAUUGCGGCACCUUUACAACUGUUAUAUCGUGAGGACGGUCCGAGGAACCUGGAACCGAGGACACGAGGGACAAGUAACGUGAGCCUACUUGGGGUUCGGCAGGAUGAUGGACAGCGGCUCUUGUUUCCCAAGGACCUCGUCUUGCUCGCUGCGACAACUGGCGAGCGAACGUUGUGGAGAGAGCAAAUUCAAAAGGCCAAGUCGGGCGAACCAGUGUCUCAAGCGAGUGCACCAGUCUCAAAGAGCAUGUUCCGCCUUACCUCACUCGGCCAUCUUCCUUUCAUCCCAUCGUCAACGGCGCAACUGCAUAACCGCGUGAAUUCGGUGCUAAUCUGUGCCGAGGGUGAGAUGGGCGGCGCAUAUCUGAAGGACGAGGAUGGUCCCUUAACGCCGGUGAUGCUUUCGUCACAAGUGAGACAGUGUUGCCUUCUCGCCAGUCUCCAUACUGCUUUGUUCCUCGUUGGCAAGGUCCUUUGGGCGAUUCGAAUUGAAGAUAUCGGCGCGGAGGAGACAAGCCCGCCAGUGAUUGUCAAGUCAAACGUUUCUCUCUUCCGUGUGGGAUACUAUCGGGGACAGUUACUGCUCGUAACGGCUGUCGAGAACGGAAAGUCGACGACGCUCAAGAUUUACGCUGGCAUCAUACGUAGCCGAUCCGGUUUGGUGUCUCCAACUUUCUUUAGCAAAUCGCACAAGCUCUUCAAGUCGAUAUGCGAGCAAGAUAUCCACGGGGAGGUCUAUGAUAUAAACGUUCUAGAGGAUGGCAUUUUCACCAUGGGCGUCACUGGGUUCCAGCUUAUCACUCUUGAAACGAGCUCGACAUGUCGCGUAAGCGCUCUCCCUGCCAUCAAAGUUGGUGCAUCGAGCGAGGCCGCUCAACGCUGCAGAACAUCCAAGCCUCUUGGAGUGACCAAGUCUGGAAGCGACUUGCUUCUUUGUUAUGACGACUUUGGUGUUUACGUCAAUACUAGCGGGGAAAUCCUUGGGCGACCUAUUGACUGGACCUUAGCAAAGGUCUCCAACGUCGCAUUUGCCGCACCAUACCUCUUCCUCUUCGCUGAGAACCACAUCGAAGUUCGACUCAUCGAGAGUGGGCGCAAGCUCGAGACCAUCGACGGCACCGGUUUUCGUCUCGUCCGCGGCGUAGACGAAACGCGCAGCAUCUCCCUUUAUCAUACUUCCCUCGACCCUGACGGGACUAGUAACCUCACAACGGAGUCUGUUGACCAAGACUCUGCCCUACUUCACCUCACAAUGCAGGCUGCAGGCUCGGACCAGGAGUGCGACCUCAUGGAGCUUCAAAUGGAGGUUUUGGAUCUCUCUGCUUAG